AUGGUCGUAGCGCGCGCCCCAAAUCUCGGUGGAAUCGAGAGCCCGGACGAGAAGUUUGCCCCGGCACACUAUGCCAAGCUUAUCAAAUCGUGCGCUAUCUCCAGGGAUCUGCUCGAGGCACGGCGGAUCCACUCGCUGGUGAUCCACAGCGCGCAUCGCAACAAUCGCUUCCUGAAAAACCUCCUAAUUGAAAUGUAUGGCAAGUGCCACAGCAUCGAGGACGCCCGGAUUGUCCUGGAUCAAAUUCACGAGCCCAAUUGCUACACCUGGAACAUCGCUCUCGCGGCAUUUGCCGAGAACGGGCAUCUGGAGAAAGCGCGGAAGAUCUUCGAGGGGAUUCCACAACCCAACAGCGUGGCUUGGAACUCUAUCAUCACCGCUUACGCCAAACAUGAGAAUCUCCAGGAAGCGAGAAGGAUUUUUGAGAAGAUGCCAGAUCCCAACGUGGUGACGUGGACGGCAAUGAUAACAGCAUAUGCUCAGCAGCGGCAUCUUGGCGAGGCGAGAGAUCUCUUUGACCGGAUGCCGGUCAAGGACGUGGUGGCGUGGACCAGCAUGUUGACCGCAUAUGCCGAAAACGGGGAUCUUGAGCAAUCAACGAAUCUGUUCGAAACGAUGCCCCAUAAAGAUAUCGUUGCCUGGAAUGCGAUGCUCGCGGCGUAUUAUCGGCUAGGUAAUUUGGAUCAAACAAAAGAACUUUUUGAUACCAUGCCUCGAAAAGAUUCUGCGUCCUGGAAUCUUAUGAUACUAGCAUAUGCCGAAGUUGGGAAUAUUGCCGAAGCACAAAAACUUCUUGAACUAAGUCCUUGUCGUGAUGUCACGGCUUUUACUAUCCUAAUCACUGCUUUUUCCCAGCACAAGAAAGUAGAGGAAGCUUUUAAAUUGUUUAGGGAAAUGCCUCGUCGCGACAUUGUGGCAUGGAACGCUAUGCUAGCGGGGUAUGCCCAUAACGGGCAUCUUGAGGAGGCGAAACUUAUGUUUGACCACAUGCCUCAAAGAGAUUCGAUCUCUUGGACCACCUUGGUAGCAGCAUAUGCCUGGAAUGGGCAUCUUGGAGACGCUAGAGCUAUGUUUGAAAAGAUGCCAAACCAAGACUACGUGACAGUGCCAACUUUGAUAGUUGCGUAUGCACAGCACGGGCAUAUUAUACAAGCAAAGAAUUUGUUCUCAAGAACUUCUCAAGGAGAGGUAAUGUCGUGGAAUGCAAUGCUCACAUCCUACAUUUUAGGUGGCGAGCUGCAAAGUGGUCUAGAUCUUCUUUUUGAUAUGGCUGUGGAGGGCCUCGGUCCCGACGAGAUCACGUUUCUUUGCAUUCUCUCGGGCUGUGGUCACUUGGGACUCUUGGAAGAAUGUAGAAAGCACUUCAAGAGGAUGAGAUGCGAGUAUAACUUAGCUCCAGGGAUCGAGCACUUUGUGUGUCUCGUUGAUAUUCUCGGUCGAUGCGGUCAGCUCGCAAAGGCCGAGGAGCUCAUCAAGACGAUGCCUUUCGUUCCAAAUCGUGUUUCGUGGUCCACUUUUCUGAACGCUUGCAAGAUCCAGAAAAGCUCGAAUCAUUCCGCAGUGGAAGUCGUCAAGACGAGCCCCGAUAAAAAAGACGCUGCCCCGUUUGUGAUGCUCUCAAAUCUCGUCACUCCUUGA